AAUUAUUUGCCCUUCCUCGCCCGUGACAAUAAAUAAAAAGAUGUCGAAUGUUUGAUAUUCGGCUGACAUUCACUUCUCGCACGCUCGUACUCGGCCUCAUUACUUCUUCGACUUUUAUCACACGUGUCGUACGUGGAGGACAAUUUCAGAAACUAGCUGUAAAAAAUAAUAAUAAUAACAACAAGCUGCUGAAUUUGGUGCCACUGCAAAGGAAUAUGGAAUAACAGCAAUAACGGCGCUUGAUUCUACUUUUCGCUGACAGUCUGUGUUAGGGACAGUCUCCAAAUGACACAUCCUAGGGUGACAAAUGUGUAACAAAUCACCGUAUAGCAAAUAAAAGGUGUUUGUUUUUUUCCAUUCUGUUUGCUGUAAAGGGUGGCAAUGGGAGUCCACUAUUUACUAAAGGUCAAACUUUGCUGACAUAUUGCAUUAUGGCUAAAAUGUGUGCAAUUAAUUAGCAAAAAUAUUUACUAAAAAUCAAUGAAAACACUUUUUCUCAUUCCGAUUGCUGUAAAGUCAGCAGGACAGAAAAGGGUUUUGGGUAAUAGACCGAGGGACAGAAUGGACAAAGGGAACAGGUGUGCAAAGCACAGCAGAACAAUAGUUAGUUUAGAAAUUUGACUAUUAAUAACAUUACAAAGUCAAAUCAUCUUCUUAUAUGCGAACGGGGAGUACACCCGGUGAAGGUAUGCAACAGCUAACCAAUAGGACAAGAUGAGAGAGGACAGAAAAGGACAGGACAGAAUGUGGGAAAUGAGCAAGACAGUGCUACGACAGUGCUACGCAUGUGUGGCGCGGUGGGAUUCAUUUUUGUGUCUAAACACCUGGAAGAACCUGUGAGUUGACAUCGUAAUAUAACCUGUGUUAUUAUUAGUUAUCCGAGCAUAAGCAAUUUAAGCCACUAGCGUGUCUAUGGACGUUAUUGGUGAAUGAACACCAUAUCACAUGCAUGUUAGUCAACUGGUGUACGGAGUUGCUGUGCCGGCACAACGAGGAAGGUUGGUUCCCCCUCUCCCAAGGGGGGCCAAGCUAGUGAGCCCAUUCUGUCGAGGACCUAGCCAGGGGGUCGCCACCCACUCCCCAGGACCCAGGGCGGUCCCUCAGCCCAACCGAAGCGCCCCAACCAGUUACAAAUGGAGGGGCAAGGGUACCGGACCACCACCCCACACACCCAAUGGACCCCAAUUGAUUUUGCACGUUCUUGUCUUAGUUCUGGCAGCGUGCAAGUCUUCAAAGGUGGGUAGGGGGGUACCGACAAUCUUUUCAGCAGUUGACCUGCAACCGUCAGCAGUUGACCUGCAACCGUCAAGCCUACCCAGGCUAACCAGCUCCCCAAAGGAUGUGCGAAUGUAUGUGGUGUAUUAAAAAUCCGCAGGAAAAAGGCAUGGCGGGCCAGAGAGCAGGCCAGAGUGCCGGAACACCUCCCCAGCCUGACACUGCCCUCCCCCCACUGACGUGUCUAUGAUACAUUAAAACUGGAGGACUGGCAGGGCAGAGAAGGGGGCCGAACAGACCGGAGACCACCACAGAAGUACCAGUACCAGGCCAGGUGACCACCGCAUCAUGUCUAGUGCCAGCCCCCGAGGAGACUCUGAAUGAGAUGUGAAUAUGCCCAAUGUGUGAAAUAUGUACAGUGUGAAUAAUAAAAAUGUGUUGUGCGUGUGUGAAGAAAGAGGCUAGACUCCUGCGGGCCGUCCCGACCCGAUCGGCUGGAAGACCACAGAGAACCACGACCGACCACCCCCCAGCGACCAGAACAGGGCACAGAAGGCGGGCCCGUCCAAGGCAGGACGCACCAUCACCCUACCAUAGGCCCCAAGUCAGCUGGGGACCCCACAUAGCCCGAGCGAGAGAGGGGCGACGACCACGGCAGAGCGCCCCGGGGAGAGGGAAGAGGAGGACACAGGGCCAGGAUACAGCAGCACGGCCCCCAACCCGGAGACCAGGACGAGCUGUAUACAAGCAUAAUACCAUGGAUGUGACCAACUGACAGCAUAUCAUGGGCAACAGUGAGAGUGUGGUGGUGCAAAAGCGACUGUCCCGCUUCCGUCCAGAAGAUCGGCCAGUGAUUGAAGGAAUAUUUGACCGCCUUCAGGGCAAUGUUUUGGUCCCAGCGGGAGCCCAAAAGAAAGCAACAGCAGGAAACACGCUCACCUUUGAGAUGCUGCAGUCCUCCAUGUGCAUGCUGGCACCAGACUCCAUGGUAAGGAGAUCAUACCAGGGCAUGUGUAGCAUUGACUUUGGAGCAACAGCAGCUGGCAAAGUCAGUACAUCUGCCGCUUCAGGAGUGUGUCGCGAGCAAUUGGUCAUCUUUCUAGCAGACACCCUGCAGGGUACUGCAGAAGAGCGAGCUCCUCUUGUUAUGGCUAUGUCCCAGGGUGGCGCAUGCUCCAAGGUUGUCACCUAUGAGCAAGUAACAGAGUUCCUACAGGACCUUAUCUCUGCUAUAGUUCAGAUUCUGGUCUAUAAAGGACUCCUUCAGGGGUGGAAACCAGCCAAAAUGGGUGAUGGUUCUCAGUGUGUCAAACUCUUGGCAGAGCAGUUGUGUUCAGAACUAAAACCCACAGACCAGGGAGGCUAUGAUAUUGCCUGUUUGGAGGACUGGCUCUUCAGAGUACCCCAAUUAUCUUUGUACCUGGAGAUGUUGGUAACGGAGGGACUAAAUGUGCGGCCAAGUGUGCGGCCAGUCCUUCCUCUGCUCCCUGCUUGUAAGGAGACACCCUGGAAAGAUUUACAGUGUCUGUUGGAUAUUCCCACCCUCAUGUUUCUUGCACCGCAGCUGCCUGACAGAUACAGUGCUCCAUGGAGACUUGUGUUUUCCACGUUGCUGCAUGGUGAGAGCUUCACAAGAAUGGUGGCAGGCCUAACCAAUUGUGGGCCCACCUUGCUGCUCAUCAAAGACACAAAGGGAUAUGUUUUUGGUGGCUUUGCCUCCCUCAGCUGGGAAGUCAAACCUCAAUUCCAGGGUGACUCCAGAUGUUUCCUGUUCUCUGUAUUCCCCAGACUGAGAGUUCAUACAGCCACAGGUUACAACCAACACUUCAUGUACCUCAACCAGAAUCAGCAAACCAUGCCCAACGGACUGGGCAUGGGCGGUCAGCACAGUUACUUUGGGCUGUGGUUGGAUAGUGAUUUUGGACAUGGCCACAGCCGUGCACGGCCAAAGUGUACAACCUUUGGAAGCCCUCAGCUCUCGGGGGACGAGGACUUUAAUUUGGACUCAAUGGAAGUAUGGGCAGUAGGAAAACCCUCUGAGCUAGAGGAGGGUGAAGAAGGUGAGGUUAAGAGGAGUGUCUUGGACAUGGAUCCAGAGGUCCAGGUCAUGAUGGAGAUGACAAGCAAGAAACUGCACAGUCAGGGUCUUAGGGAGCCAGUUGACCAAAAACACUAAAGGUCAUCAUCAUCUGACCUUAUCUCGGCCCAUGGGGAAUCUGGUGCUGAUGCAAAUAGGAAAUUUGUCAUCAUCUACAAUAUUUUAUUUUACCAUUAACAAGUGUCAUCAAUAUAGACAGUGAUGUCACAUCUUUCCUGCCUAUUGUUGUAAUUCUUGACAUUUGUUGUUGUAAACCAGGAAAGCAAACCAUGACAGUGUUUAAGUAGCUUGUACUAAGUGGAUGUAGUAGUACCACCUAAAUAUGGUCAUACAUACGUACUUAGGCUAUGUUCACUCUACAAGUCUUAAUGCCCAAAGGUGGCAUUUAAAAAAAACAAAAAAAAAAUAUUUAAAUAGUUUCCAGGUGUCUUAAUAACAUGUCUGCUUUUGUCAAAAUACCCCAUGGAUAUAUACAUAUUUAUCCAACAUUUUUCUCUUCUUGCUAAAAUCAAGCUGUUUAAGGAGACGUUUAACAGACUGUCUGCGGGCCGGCCCUGCAAGUGAGCCAGCCCUUAUCCUGCUCCAAUAUACUGUACAGCUGGGCCAGCGGCCAGUCCAGCUAUCAUUAAAUAAGCAACCAGUGGGCUGGAUCUCACCGCGGCGUGCACGUUCCUUUCCAGACGUUUGCGCUGCAUCUGACGGCUUCCUUCUUCUCAUGAAAGCAGAACCCAGUGUGUGAGAAAACAAGCGACUGACGCAACUGACUUGUCCAAGUUACUAACUGCAGGAGACAGCACCAACUAUUAUUUUAUGCCAUGAAUAAUAUAUUAUAUUAUAUAAAAUAUAACAUCGACAUGACUCUGAUUGUAGUGAGUCACUAGAAAGCUGUGUGAACUUGAAAGCAGGAAAAAAAAAAAAACUUUCAAAAACAAUAAAAAUGCCCAACUAUGAUACAAAUAAGAAGAAAGAGCAAACAUUUGUAUUAUGGCUGUUUUUGGUGGGGUGUCUACUACCUCUGUUCAGGGGUGUAUGUUCAUUACUAUUUAUUACAUAUGAAUGUACAAAAAUCUGGAACAGAUUUUAGCAAGAAUCAUGGAAGUUGACACACAUGAUUUGCUUUGGCGGGCCACGUAAAAUGAUGUGGCGGGCCGCAUCUGGCCCCCGGGCCUUGAGUUUGACACCUGUGUUAUAGGGAGCAUUAUUGACCAAAUGAUAGCAUAUUCUGAUAAUUGCGAAAAUGUCUGAAUGAGGUUAAACACUGUUUGAAGUGAUGCCUUGGGUUCUUGUAAACAAAGAAGGAUAUCAUCUGCGUCAAGAUUGAUUUUGUGUUCUGACAUAAGAGUACAGAUACAGUACCUUGAAUAUUAGUGUUCUGACGUAUUGCGAUUGCCAGUGGUUCGAUAAAUAGUGCGAAUCGCGGGGGCGAGAGAGGACAUCCUU